ACUCAGCUUUCUAUUCAACAAGUGAGAGCAAGGGCGGGGAAGAAGGCCGACAGGGGAGAGGAUUCCUUCCCUUUCUUUCCCCAUUCCCCCUUAAGACGAACCAGGAAGCAACCGCAGGAAUCGGGCCACCUUAACAGUAGAGUAAUGGUUUGGCCUCGCGCCAAGUCCCACCUCUGUUCCAGCUCCUGCUCCUCCCCUCUCUCUUCCCGCACUGCUUGGGGAGAGCUGGUGAGCAAGAGUCUGGCCCGAGUUAGCAAGAGCUGUUGCCAUGACAAGCAUUUUCUUAAGAAAGCUCUGCCGUUGAGAUCGUCCAAAGCUGGGGGCUGGGAGGGGGGCACGAACUUCCUGGGGCACCAUCCCUCCGAAGAGAGCAAGAUCAGAGACACCCGCCCAGCUCUCCUGCACCCUUUUUCUUUCAGGAACCUGAGAGGUCCUUCCCAUUGGAAGGGCAGGGGGAGGAGACCCAGCCCACUCCCCGGCCUUAGCCGGAAAGGCAAGAGAGCAAAGCCAGCGUCUCUAGCUUGGUUACCACACUGGGGAAACUGGUGGGUGGUCACCCCACCCUACCCCCAUCCAUGGAAUCCCGGAGGGAGAGUCCCGCUUGGAGAAACCUGGAUCUUUGCUAGAAAGAGAGAGAUCCAGUUGUCAUCGGUAUCCAGGAAGCUCUCCUCUUCCUCCUCCUGACGUCUCUCUAGCACUACAGUUGCUGGUUGUUGCUAAGGUUGCUGCCAUGGUAACACGCACAUCCUGUUUACACCUUCAUCUAAGCAAGUUGGUCUAAGCUAGGAACCUACCUACCCUGGACAACCACUAUCAUCACCACCUGGGGACACCAAUCAUCGUGACACGGAGUCCACCUUCCACUCAGUUCCCCCAUCCUCUUCCUCCUCUUGCUGCCAGACUUCAUACAGAAGAAAGGAUCUAGACUUCAGACGGCUACUCAGGAGCUUAUUGCACAAGAUAUAUUCAAUCUAUUCCCUCUCUGGGCCCCCAGAGAAGCAGGAAGUAGGAAGAAGUUGAGACAGGGAGGCUGGAGACACUGGUCAGUUGAAGGGAAACGCUAUAUCUUCUCUGGUUGAGGGGCUUGGUAACAGUAGGCAAAAUGACGAACCCAUCAGACCGUGUCUUGCCUGCCAACUCGAUGGCCGAGAGCCGUGAAGGGGACUUUGGCUGCACAGUAAUGGAACUGAGGAAGCUCAUGGAGCUGCGUUCGAGGGAUGCACUGACCCAGAUUAAUGUCCACUAUGGAGGUGUACAGAAUCUCUGCAGUAGACUGAAAACCUCCCCUGUGGAAGGUCUGUCUGGGAACCCUGCAGAUCUGGAGAAACGUAGGCAGGUGUUUGGACACAACGUGAUCCCCCCCAAAAAGCCCAAGACUUUCUUAGAAUUAGUGUGGGAAGCUCUUCAAGAUGUCACGCUCAUCAUCCUGGAGAUUGCAGCCAUCAUCUCCCUGGUCCUGUCCUUUUAUCGCCCUGCUGGUGAAGAAAAUGAAUUGUGUGGUCAAGUCGCAACUACCCCAGAAGAUGAAAAUGAGGCACAAGCUGGCUGGAUUGAGGGGGCAGCCAUCCUUUUCUCAGUGAUCAUCGUGGUGUUAGUGACUGCCUUUAAUGAUUGGAGCAAAGAGAAGCAAUUCCGGGGACUGCAGAGCCGCAUUGAACAGGAGCAAAAGUUCUCCAUCAUCCGAAAUGGUCAACUCAUCCAGCUCCCUGUGGCUGAGAUUGUGGUUGGUGACAUUGCCCAAGUCAAAUACGGUGAUCUGCUGCCUGCAGAUGGGAUCCUGAUCCAAGGGAACGAUCUGAAGAUUGAUGAGAGCUCUCUGACAGGGGAAUCUGACCAUGUCAAGAAGUCCCUGGACAAAGACCCCAUGUUGCUCUCAGGGACCCAUGUCAUGGAAGGUUCUGGCCGGAUGGUGGUGACAGCUGUUGGUGUCAACUCUCAGACUGGAAUCAUCCUUACUCUCUUGGGGGUCAAUGAGGAUGACGAAGGGGAGAAGAAGAAGAAAGGUAAAAAACAAGGAGUCCCUGAAAAUCGCAACAAAGCAAAGACCCAAGAUGGAGUGGCCCUGGAAAUCCAGCCACUCAACAGCCAGGAGGGAAUCGACAAUGAGGAAAAGGACAAGAAGGCAGUCAAGGUGCCUAAAAAGGAGAAGUCAGUGCUGCAGGGCAAGCUGACUCGCCUGGCUGUUCAGAUUGGGAAAGCCGGUCUGAUCAUGUCUGCUCUCACGGUUUUCAUCCUGAUUCUAUACUUUGUGAUUGACAACUUUGUGAUAAAUCGCAGACCAUGGCUCCCUGAGUGUACUCCCAUCUACAUCCAGUACUUUGUCAAGUUCUUCAUCAUCGGCGUCACUGUACUGGUGGUGGCUGUGCCAGAGGGGCUGCCUCUGGCUGUCACCAUCUCACUGGCCUACUCUGUGAAGAAAAUGAUGAAAGACAAUAACCUGGUGCGGCACUUGGAUGCUUGUGAGACCAUGGGCAAUGCCACCGCCAUCUGCUCUGAUAAGACAGGCACGUUGACCAUGAACCGCAUGACUGUGGUACAAGCUUAUAUUGGGGGCAUCCAUUACCGUCAAAUCCCAAGCCCUGAUGUCUUCCUGCCCAAAGUCCUGGACCUCAUUGUCAACGGCAUUUCUAUCAACAGCGCUUAUACCUCCAAGAUUCUGCCUCCAGAGAAGGAGGGAGGCCUGCCUCGGCAGGUGGGCAACAAGACCGAGUGUGCUCUGCUAGGCUUUGUCACAGAUCUGAAGCAGGAUUAUCAGGCUGUGCGUAAUGAAGUGCCUGAGGAGAAGCUCUACAAGGUGUACACCUUCAACUCAGUGCGCAAGUCAAUGAGCACCGUCAUCAGGAAUCCCAACGGUGGCUUCCGUAUGUACAGCAAGGGCGCCUCUGAGAUCAUCUUGCGCAAGUGUAAUCGAAUCCUGGACCGGAAAGGGGAAGCAGUGCCAUUCAAGAAUAAAGACAGAGAUGAUAUGGUACGCACUGUCAUCGAGCCCAUGGCCUGUGAUGGACUCCGGACUAUCUGCAUAGCUUACCGGGAUUUCGAUGAUGCAGAGCCCUCUUGGGACAAUGAGAAUGAGAUCCUCACUGAACUGACCUGUAUCGCAGUGGUGGGCAUUGAGGACCCUGUGCGCCCAGAGGUGCCAGAUGCUAUUGCCAAAUGCAAACAAGCUGGCAUUACUGUCAGAAUGGUGACAGGUGACAACAUCAACACAGCCCGGGCCAUUGCCACCAAAUGUGGCAUUCUAACACCUGGGGAUGACUUCCUGUGCUUAGAAGGCAAAGAAUUCAACCGGCUCAUCCGCAACGAGAAAGGCGAGGUAGAGCAAGAAAAGCUGGACAAGAUCUGGCCUAAGCUUCGGGUCCUGGCGCGAUCUUCUCCCACUGACAAGCACACCCUGGUGAAAGGCAUCAUUGACAGCACUGUUGGGGAACACCGGCAGGUCGUGGCUGUCACUGGUGAUGGCACAAAUGACGGGCCUGCUCUGAAGAAAGCGGAUGUUGGUUUUGCCAUGGGCAUCGCAGGCACAGAUGUAGCAAAGGAGGCUUCAGACAUCAUCCUAACAGAUGACAACUUCACCAGCAUUGUGAAGGCAGUGAUGUGGGGACGAAAUGUCUAUGACAGCAUCUCCAAGUUCCUGCAGUUCCAGCUCACUGUCAAUGUGGUGGCCGUGAUUGUAGCCUUCACUGGAGCCUGUAUCACUCAGGAUUCCCCACUGAAAGCUGUGCAGAUGUUGUGGGUUAAUCUGAUCAUGGACACUUUUGCUUCAUUGGCCCUGGCCACAGAGCCCCCUACGGAAUCUCUGUUGAAGCGGCGCCCCUAUGGCCGAAAUAAGCCUCUGAUCUCACGCACUAUGAUGAAGAACAUCUUGGGCCACGCGUUCUAUCAGCUCAUUGUCAUCUUUAUCCUUGUCUUUGCGGGUGAGAAAUUCUUUGAUAUUGAUAGUGGGAGGAAGGCGCCUCUACAUUCACCACCCAGCCAGCACUAUACCAUUGUUUUUAACACCUUCGUGCUGAUGCAGCUCUUCAAUGAAAUCAACUCCCGAAAGAUCCACGGAGAGAAGAAUGUCUUUUCGGGCAUCUACCGCAACAUUAUCUUCUGCUCUGUAGUCUUGGGCACAUUAAUCUGCCAGAUUUUCAUCGUGGAAUUUGGGGGUAAACCCUUCAGUUGUACAAGCCUCAGCCUGUCCCAGUGGCUGUGGUGCCUCUUCAUUGGGAUUGGAGAACUUCUGUGGGGCCAGUUCAUCUCCGCAAUACCUACCCGAUCCCUGAAGUUCCUGAAGGAGGCUGGGCAUGGCACCACCAAAGAGGAGAUCACCAAGGAUGCCGAGGGGCUGGAUGAGAUUGACCAUGCUGAGAUGGAGCUGCGCCGAGGCCAGAUCCUCUGGUUCCGGGGCCUGAACCGUAUCCAGACUCAGAUCAAAGUGGUCAAAGCGUUCCAUAGUUCUCUCCACGAAAGCAUUCAGAAACCCUACAACCAAAAGUCCAUCCACAGCUUCAUGACCCACCCUGAAUUCGCCAUAGAUGAGGAGUUGCCACGAACACCACUCCUGGAUGAGGAAGAGGAGGAAAAUCCUGACAAGGCUUCUAAGUUUGGGACUAGGGUGCUCCUGUUGGAUGGUGAGGUCACUCCAUACGCCAAUACAAACAACAAUGCGGUGGAUUGCAACCAAGUGCAGAUUCCCCAGUCGGACAGCUCUCUACAGAGCCUAGAGACAUCAGUUUGAAUUUUCUUUCUCUGACUCUCAUCCCUAUGUUCCCUAUUUCCAUUUUCAUCUGUCCCAUCUAUGAGGUGAUGAUGGGAAUUUUCAUCGUCAUGUCAGCUGCUGUGUGAACAGCAGUGUGUGUGAAGUGAACCUCUACCUGACCAUGAAGAGGCAAGAGCACAGACUUACAAGGAUUUCAACUUAAGCUUGACUUGGGGUUUGUAGCGGGACCCAGUCAAACCCCAGGCAGGUCAUGGUAGAAUCUACUCCUUGGUAGUCACUUGUCAUUUUGAAAGAAAUGAUGACAAUCCUCUCGGCAUCACCCCACCCCACAUUCUCCCCUGAUGUUCAUCUCCUGAAUUCUGGAUUUUGUCCUACAAGUCUGUGCCAUUUAUAAGCUAAGUUGAGGGUUCAGAGGGAGACAAAUAUCCCCAAGUGAAAUAUGUUGCGGUAGAGAUGGAAUGUAUAAAAUCCGCCAGUAGUGUGAUUGUUUUUCAAUUUUUCCCACUUUGAAAACUUACACCUAAAGGCCUGUAGGCCUCUAACUCUUUCUGCCCUUUCAUUCAAAUCUCUCCAAGUUUCUUUGUCUUUUGUCUUCCCUUCCUUUCCUUUUUUUUUUUUUUUAUGAUGAUUAAGAAAAUGGAAAGGAUAUGGAUGAAUUGUGUAAACUUAGAUCCUUCUCCCUUUUGGCCCAAAAGAACCCUCGAUUUAGUUCUAGAAUCCAACCAGUUUCUUUGUUAAAAGGGUCCUUUUGAAGCAGUUAAGUGCUGGUAAGGAUAUUUCUCUGUUGUUGCCAGGUUACCUUCUGCUUUUAAACUGCCAUCUUGUCAAGUGCAUGUGGUUCUUAAGUGCCAGGGAGAUCAGCCUUGCCCAUGAAGGUUGCAUAUGUGUGGUAUAGAGUUUUUACCUGAAAGCCUGAGCUUUCUCUUAUUCCUAAAGUGGUGGCAAAAGAAUGAACUGGGUAUGACCCUGCCCCCUUACUGGGCUUGGAUAUUGAGGACCAGAUGCUGCCAAAUCUAGGACAAGACAGAACAUCAAAGCAGACUUUUGUGGUCUCCACUUUGGGGUGACCACUGCUUUCAAAGCCAUCUGCCAAGGCUCUCCAGGGCAGGACCUGACUGGUGGGGAAUGAGUGUUCAGAAGCCUUGGGAGAGGCCAAAGAGCCAUUCUAGUAUGAUCUGAGAAAACCUUCCUGCAGGGGCCAGAAACCUUGAGCUUAGGUGCCUGGGGACCAGCUUCAACAUUCUCUACAGUUUCUGAUUCUACUUUUUGCCACGUGUCACAACUUUUCCAGUCUCUGAGAAGGUCCCAGCCUUUCUCAAAUACUCUGAUUUUGAAAAUAUGUAUCCAAAGUGGGAGGCCCCUGUGACAUUUUGCCAACUUAAAGGAGAAAAAGACCCCCCACACACGGCACACUCCCCCUUCCUCCAGCCCCUGCUUCAGCCACAUGCUCCAGCUGCUGCCCAGUAAAGCCCUGUGCCUUUUUUUCCCUGAAUAUUGCCCAAAGCAUCCCCUUCCCAUCUGCCUCUCAGGAGUUGGGGACUUUGCUAGGAGAUUUUUUAAGUGUUCCUUACUGGGACAAGGUGGAGCCAGGUUUGCAGGAGCUCCGUUUGUAUCCCUGCUGGUGUUGACUUCUGUGCAGGGGCCAGUUCAUGUCCCUGACUCUCACCUACCAUUAGAUAGAUGAAGCCCACCCCCCUUUCUAGAGUGAUGAGAGUCAAGAAGAGGGGAUGUAUGAACUGCCAAAUUCCCAUGUGAGAGGAAGAUGACCUGAUCCACCUAGCCUUUUCUUCUGGAUCUGUCCUCCCUCACCCCUUUCACCUGAGCUGUCCACAGUGGGAAACAUAAAGAAACAAUGCCCCCUACGUAUCCGCAUGACUACAUAAUCCAUCAUCGUAGGAAAUAGGAAAGCAAAUUUGAUUUUGGUUUUGUAAAACGUACAUGCUUCAAUAAUUCUUUUUUGUGUCUUAAAUACUCAUAGGGGAAAAAAACAGCUCACCCAAGGUGUUAGGUUUCACAUAUAUAUUCAUCAACUACUUUAGAAGAUUUAAUUCUAUCAAAUCUUGUAUUACCUCAGAUCAUUUUAAAUAGCAAGCCAAUAACGAGCUUUGAAGGCUAUUUUACCAUUCCUGUUCACAAAAAGACUCUCAUGGUGCCUGACAGGUUACCCUUGAGGGCUUGUGUCUACUUUUUAAAAGUCAAUGGUUUUUUUCUUGUGUUCUAGUUUCCAUAAUAGGAGAGAAAAUAUAGAAAUAUAUGCAAAAAUUAUAGUUUUCUUUAGAUCAGAAACUGAUAUUUUUGGGUCAGCCAUAUGUAUUUUGUUUAAAGGAUUUAAAAUAAAGUGCCGUCAUGUAGCCCUGUGGAAGGGAGCACAUAACCAGCUGUUUGGCAUGACAGGUGACUUAGUAUAUUUGUAAUUGGUUUUAAAACCAAUACACCGUACUUUCUUUCUGCAAACAGCCAUCUUUAUACUUAGGGAAAAAAAUUGUUGGGUUCUAGACUUUUUUAAUAUAAAUUUUGUUGAUAUGGAAUUAAGUAAGUUUAAGUGUCUAUGUGCAUAUGUUUUUUAUAUAAGUUUUUUCUAUUCAGUUUCACUGAUCCAACUGGCAGUGGGUAAAUACGGCAUAAGUUAAUAACACUUUUCCCCGAAAUGGUGCUUUGGAUUUGAAAAGGGUCUGAUGGGGAGAAGGAGAACGUAUCAUCCUAGCUUCCUCUCUUAAUAAACCUAGAAAAACGGGUAGUAAACUGUGGAUAGUCAGGAAAACACCCAGCAAGGGACACAGCUGUCAGGAAAUGAAUCUUCUCCUCAACCCCCACCAUGCAGAUGGAUAGACAGACUCUUUCCUGACUAGUUGUUAGGAUCAGGGGCCUCUGUUGGAUUUGUGUUUCUUGAAGAAUAGCUGGCAGAGUAGUGUCAAAGACACGAAUAUCUCCUGGUCUAUAAGGAUACUCUGAUUUGAGGUUUGCAUUUUUCAUGGUUUUUAUUUCGUGUUCCCCCUGGAGUUUUCCCUUAGUGAGUUUUUGUGCAAGGAUCUUAUUUGUGAUGCCUUCCCUCCCCUAGAAAGAUUUUGUGCAAUAUAUUAAAUGGGGACAGAAUUCUAAAUGGAUAAAACAGUGGCUGGUUCUAGCCCUGAGUGACAGUCUUAAGGCUAGGUCCUUCCCAUAGUAUCGUCUGUCCUCUAGAAUGACUCUCCUAUCCCUAAAGGGGUUAAGAGAAAGAUCACCUAGAAAUCCCUCUGGACACUUGUGGAUUCUUUAGGGUUUGAGUUUCUUCUUCCCCUUGAGCUUCAGAGAGGAGAGUUGGCACGGUUAAAUCUGAAUGGUUACCUCACUGCUGAAAACACAGAGGGGCAUGGCACACUCACUUGUGCGGAAAAGCCUCUAAAUGCAUCCCUUCCUUUCUUUCCUGCUUCCUUUGCCUUACAAUUGAAGCAGCCCGUGGUACCAUCACAGUAUGCAGAGACUUCCUCACCUUUCAUAUCUAGGGACCAACCCCAAUGCAUUGGUGAGGGUGGGCACUUAUAAAUACCUGCUAUUGUUAAGCCAUUCCAGCCUCUUCCUCUGAAUAGACCAGAUGCCCUUUCACUUAGUUCAGUGCCAGUCCUUUUGCCUUCCCAACCCUGCUGUUAGGCCUGCUGUUCCCUUUGCUCUUGAUUAGGAGAGAUGGAAGGAGAUGAGCUCCCAUAACUGAAUUGGCCUUUGGUUCAUGUUUUCUCCCCAUAUGUAUAUAUGCCAUAUGUGAAUAUGCCAUAUAUAUGUGCCAACAAAUCUAUCUACGUUGUUCUUUUCAAAUUAGCACGCAGAUAGGAAUUUUGAGUUUCUUCUUCUUUUAGUAACCAGUAUAACAAGCACUGGUAUUUUUGUACAAAAAAGAAAAGCAAAACAAAAAAUUGACUAUUGUGGUCUGCAUGACAUAAACAAACAAAUGGUGAUAUCAAAGCAACGUAUACCCCAGUCCAGUGUGUGUUGCCAUAAUUUGCAAUUCAGCUUAACAGUGCACCCAAUCUAUAUUUGCAUUUUGAUAUUAUUUAAGCUCUAUGUACAAGGUUUUGCAUGUAUUUAUAUGGUUCUUAGGAAAAAAAAAUGCUAUAAACUGGCAAAUCUGAAAUUCAAAUGUGUUGUUCCACUGAGAACAGAAGAAGAAGAGGAGUUUUAAAAGGGAUAAUUUGUUGGAACCAAUAAAGCUUUUUGCUGAUGAACAGAAACCAAUACUGCUGUGCACUGAGAAUAAAAACUCAUGCCCACUUGUAA